GAGCUAGUAGCGAUUUUCAAGACAAAUUGUGAGAUGUUAGAAGAGUAAACAUCAACUGUUUCAGAGUUUGACAAAGUCAUUCAGAAAUGGAGUUUCCAGAAGAUUUCAACCAGCUUGAACUUCUUGACACACAUGGAUCCCUGAUUCCCCGAGGAGCCAGAAGUUCAUGGACGGCAAGCAAGGAUGAUGAUACAGAGGUGGACGAAGAGGACCACAGUGAGGAGUGGUAUCAAAAGAAGGAGGACAUGCUCAAAGACCAACCGAAGGAGCUCAUCCUGUGGGCAGCAGAGCACAAUCUUCUUCCAACCGUCGUCCGUUUGUUAACGGCCGAUCCUUCACUGGUGCACAGCUGCGAUGAGGACGGUUACACCCCGCUGCACCGUGCGGCGUACAGCGGCCAUGUUGAAGUGGUUCGAGCCUUACUGGCCAGCGGCUCCAGCGUGGACCCUCGCACCAUCGACGGCUGGACGCCCCUGCACAGCGCGUGUCGAUGGAGCCACGUCGCGGUGGCAAGCGUCCUCCUGCAGCACGGCGCUGAACUUAACGCCCAGACCAACGGUGGGCUCACGCCACUCCACCUGGCGGCUUCCUACACGAGCUCCUCGGCGAUGGACUCCACGCACGUUUUAGAGCUGCUCCUGUCAAAGCGAAACCUGAGGCCCGGGCUGCGCAGCAGCAGCGGGGAGACGGCCGGGGACGUGGCCCGACGCAGUGGUCCACAUUAUUUUCUGUUUGCGAUGGUGGAGGACUGUGUCGGUGUGGUUCCAUCGUGA